CACACACUUCUCCACACACGCUCCAUCUGCCGCUUUUGAUCAGUACUCUUGUGUGUUAAACAAUAACGCCGGCUUUUCUUACUCUACAAUCAUCUUUUACCUUCCUGCUCUUUUUCCGCAUGACGAGCACCAAGUUUUAAUAAAUUCUAUGCGGUUUAAAUUAACCGGCGGUAAUCCCGUUUUGUGAUUGGCUAUUCGACGCCUUUAUCUGUUUUUUGUCUGUGGAUAAAUCAAGCGGAUGAUUGGAGAUUGAAUGUGUGCGCCGGCUAUUGCGCGGCUUUAAUCGGAUUUGCCUAGUGACUGUGUGUUAAUUGCGACUAAGCUGUGAUUGGCUGUCUGCAUAAUUAGCGUAAUUAGCCGACGGCAUUAUGCGGCUAUCCAGGAUAGUUUUCUCGGGAUUGGUAGCGGUGAUUCUGGAUGUGAUAAGUGUAUUUGCCGGAUAUUAUGACCGACAUAAAUGUUUUGGUACCGGUGACUGUAUAUUAGGAACGAACUACUUUGCCGGGGGAUAUUCGGACCCCUACAACAAGUGGCUGACCGAGUGCAAUGACGGCGAAGCCAUGAUCGGAAUUUUUGACGCGGUGCGCAUGUUCAUCGGCGUGGAACAGGUCUGGUGCAAAUUUAUGUUCCCCAUGAAGCCGCCGUCAAAGGGCAUUUAUCCUUUCUACAGCAGCUGUAAUGUCAGAAACGUUACAAUGGGAGCCAAAGAAUUUUAUUGUUACGACAAGUAUUGGCCGAAAGACACGGUGGAUACCUUCACCACCGGUCUGUUUUCCAACGUUUUCCAGGAUCCCGGCGUGCCGAGCCUAAUGAAAUGCUGUAAAACCCCAGCGGGAUACCACAUCGACUAUUCGCGUUGCGAAUGGAAGUACACACACGAUAAACGCGGAGAGCAUUACGACGGCUACUGGCUCGUGAAAUGUGAGACGAAUGAAGUUAUGACCGGGCUUGGACAGGCCGUUAAUCCCAACGAUGGACUCAAUCAUUUCGUCUGGAUGCAGUGUUGUCCGGUGAUCUACAACGGGUACGCCAGCAAAGACCAGCAUUAUCUACCGUCCGGCACGGUGGGCCGCGGCGGCUGGUAUGACACCCAAUCCAACCAUAUCUACUAAACCGGCAAUAUUUGACCGCCGGCUCCGGAAACGCAGUCUUAUACCGUCCAGUUUCGGACACGUGUACACACACUUCGUGAUGAAGGCACUUCUGUUGGCUUUCCUUGUUUUGUGUUGGUUGUUGUUAUAGCUGUUUGUCCUGUAUUUUUUUGCUCUAAAAAUGUUAACCGAAAACGAUUCAGAACGGGAAAGGGGAGGCACUAAUAAAGAGAUUAAUUGUUAGUGCUGAUAAAGUGAUGGAAUAAAAUGAUGAAUCAUGCAGAUAA